AUGAGCACAUUCAACCAGAGGAAUCCCAAAGAUGUCGAGGAUGAGAAUGUACAAGUCGUCAACGACAAUUGUGACGCCAUUAAGGAUCACUAUGCAUCACUCAAGGCGGCGGAACCGGCCGCCAAAGAGCUUAAGAUGCCCAAGGAGGUCGCCCUGCUUCCCCGAAAGUGGCUCGCGAUCCUCGAAACGCGCAAGCCUGCGAUGCUCCCGUCGCCGACCGAUCACGGCGUGGUCCUCGACUACAAGAGGAAGGCCUACGCCAAGAUCGUGCCCGAACACGCGCAGCCGCUGGCCUUGAGCUUGCUGUUGGACGUGGCGGUGCGCGAACCACUCUACUCCAGCAGCAUCAACUUCCAGCGCGCCUUGGACAUCUGGAUGCUGAUCGACAUGCUCUACCACGGCCCGGCAUUGACGGAGAGUGGCCGCGUCGAGGUCCUCGAGGGCGUCAUCCCCUUCAUCAUGCACCGGAAGAAGCCGAAGCCGGGGGAGCCCGUGCCGCACGUCCUGGAGAAGUUCGUGCAGCACCAACUGAGCACGCUGCAGAGGCUCUGCGGGGAGAUCGCCUCCAGCCCCUCUGAGGAUGAGGCGGAGGGCACGGGCAGCGGUUGUGAAACGGCCUAG